GAAAAAAAAUGUGAGAAUUGGAUCUGAUUUCUUAAUCGGCCCAAAUGGCCCAAGAGAGAUCUGAUGUGGAUAGUGGGCUGGAUCCGAAAAUAAUGGCCCAAUAUAGAUGUGUUAUUAAUAUUACUUGAUUGCCCUUAAUGAAACAUGCAAUAUUAAUAAAGAAAGGGCAGGCUAAAGUAAAAAAGACAAUAAGAUCUUGUUUAAUAGUAUAGAUACAUCGAACAAUCCCAUAUUUUAAAAUUCAAAAAAAUAAGAAUCGUGGGGACGUCGUAUCCAAGAUUCGGAUUCAGAUUUGUGAUUGAUUUUGAAAAUAAAAAAUGAUUAGAAAUUUGCAUCUUCAUUAUUUUCACGAUUAGAAAAAUUACACAAAUGGAAAAUUUAAAUUAAUAUUUAGAUUUUCGUUAUCAUCGUACAAGAUCCCGAAAGCACUGUCACUGACAUAAAACACCAAGUUUCUUACCAGUUUCCAGAGAAUCAACACCAGGACCAAUCCACACACACACAACUUGUUUCUUUAAAUAUAAGCAAAAUAAAAUCACAUCAAAUCAGCUCUUGAUAUUUCGUUAUCUUAUAUAUCCAUAUAUAAAUUAAAAACUUAAUAUUACAAAUAUUAUAUAUUCUUCAUACAUUCAUAUUCACGUCUUAUCGAUUUGUCAAUUGUCCCUUUCUUCUUCAUCUGUAAUUUUGUCUCUGUCUUCUUUAGGUUUCUCAGUUACUUCACUGCACAUAGCCUCAAUGGACGAAGAGCUUCAUGUUUUAGCAGUAGAUGACAAUCUCAUUGACCGUAAACUUGUAGAGAGAAUUCUCAAGAUCUCUUCCUGCAAAGUGACAACUGCAGAAAAUGGGCUUAGAGCAUUGGAGUACUUAGGCUUGGGAGAUCCACAACAGACUGAGUCAUUAACUACCAACAGUGUUAUGAAGGUGAAUCUUAUCAUCACUGAUUAUUGUAUGCCAGGGAUGACAGGUUUUGAGCUUCUCAAGAUAGUAAAGCAGGAAUCUUCGAAUCUUAAGGAAGUACCUGUUGUGAUUUUGUCAUCAGAGAACAUUCCUACUCGCAUCAACAAGUGUUUAGCCAGCGGAGCUCAGAUGUUUAUGCAGAAGCCAUUGAAAUUAUCGGAUGUAGAGAAACUCAAGGGUCAUGUCUUAAACUGCAGGAGCUGAAGAUCUGCUUAAUCUCAAAAGCUCAUAGAAUUCUUGUUGAUUUUUCUUUUUUAAAAUAAAUGAGAUUAUUUAAAGAUUGUGUUCCUAAACAAUGACAAAGACCGUCUUGGCUAUCUCAAAACACUUCCUUUUUUUAUAUAUUUGUGAAAAAAAAAAACAAAAACGAAACAA